GCUUUGCUUAUUAUCAUCAAAAACACUUUCUUCUUCUUCUCUUCAUAUUGGUUUUUUCCCUUCGCACUCCACGACACAGAUCCGAGGAGUUGGGGAAAACCCUCACACAAACUCUCUCUCUAAAUCUUAACCGAGAAGGUCUCCAAAAAAGACUACCCUUUUUGCCCAUUUACUCUCCUUAUUCAACAAAUUCAGCAUCACAUCCCCCAAAAUAGUCGCUUUUUUAUCUCUUGCUCUCUUCAUCUGCUUCAAGUCAUGGCUGGUGUAGCACCCGAAGGAUCCCAAUUCGAUGCUCGUCAAUUUGAUCAGAAAAUGAGUGAUUUGCUCCAAACGGAUGGAGAUGAUUUUUUCACUUCUUAUGAUGAAGUUUAUGACAGUUUUGAUGCAAUGGGACUUCAAGAGAACCUUCUGAGGGGCAUCUAUGCAUAUGGUUUUGAGAAGCCCUCAGCGAUUCAGCAAAGAGGAAUUGUUCCAUUCUGCAAGGGUCUCGAUGUGAUACAACAGGCACAGUCUGGGACCGGAAAGACAGCGACUUUUUGCUCUGGAAUUUUGCAGCAACUUGAUUACGGUAUAGUCCAAUGCCAGGCUCUGGUUUUGGCACCCACUAGGGAGUUGGCUCAACAGAUCGAGAAGGUGAUGCGGGCACUUGGUGAUUACCUUGGUGUGAAGGUCCACGCUUGUGUUGGUGGGACUAGUGUUCGCGAGGAUCAGCGAAUUCUUCAAAGUGGUGUUCAUGUUGUUGUCGGUACACCCGGUCGUGUCUUCGAUAUGUUGAGAAGGCAAUCACUCCGUCCAGAUUAUAUUAAGAUGUUUGUCUUGGAUGAGGCUGAUGAAAUGCUUUCCCGUGGUUUUAAGGAUCAGAUCUAUGAUAUCUUCCAGCUUCUUCCGGGCAAGAUUCAGGUUGGGGUAUUUUCUGCUACAAUGCCACCCGAAGCCCUAGAGAUCACUCGGAAGUUCAUGAAUAAACCUGUGAGAAUUUUGGUUAAGCGCGACGAACUAACCCUGGAGGGUAUCAAGCAGUUUUAUGUGAAUGUUGAAAAGGAAGAGUGGAAGCUCGAAACACUCUGCGAUCUCUAUGAAACACUGGCCAUUACCCAAAGUGUCAUUUUCGUGAACACGAGGCGCAAGGUUGACUGGCUAACUGACAAGAUGCGAAGUCGAGACCACACAGUUUCUGCCACCCAUGGAGAUAUGGACCAGAAUACGCGAGAUGUCAUCAUGCGGGAAUUCCGUUCUGGUUCUUCCCGUGUUCUCAUCACUACCGAUCUGUUAGCCCGUGGUAUUGAUGUGCAGCAAGUCUCCCUUGUCAUAAACUACGAUCUGCCCACUCAACCAGAAAACUACCUCCACCGAAUCGGACGAAGUGGAAGGUUCGGGAGAAAAGGUGUUGCCAUAAACUUUGUGACUGUAGAUGAUGAAAGAAUGCUGUUUGAUAUCCAGAAGUUCUACAAUGUUGUCAUCGAGGAGCUGCCAUCGAAUGUCGCGGAUCUCCUUUGAUGAGAUUACGUUUUCAGAAGGUUGUCGAGGCGAGCGCUUUCAUUGUUUGAAUGUCCAAUUAAGUGUGCUCUUUUUUUCUUUUUUGGUUUUCCCUUUUUAGCAUUUUAAGUUGAAUGUUCUUUAAGAUAUUUGACCAUUUAAUUAUAUGUGUUCUAAAAAUGCUACAUAAAGUUUAUCCACUUUUCCUCA